CAGUGCCAAACAGCGGAAAUUCAUGUGUUGCUGUCCCACCGAUUUACCCACGUGAAAAUAAGCAUGGUGCAGUAUCAUUAUUUGCUAAGGUAAAGAGUACUUGUAUAAGGAGUUCAUUCAUCAUGGCAACGUUUCGAAAAAAGGUGGACAAUCGCAUUCGAGUUCAGAUUGAAAAUGGAGUUUUGCAACAGCAUCGUACAAUGUUUGUCAUUGUCGGUGACCAUGGCAGAGACCAGGUUGUCAUUUUGCAUCACAUGUUGUCAAAAGCUACUGUGCGAGCAAGGCCAUCGGUGUUGUGGUGCUACAAGAAGGAACUCGGAUUCAGCAGUAACCGAAAGAAGCGAAUGCGACAGCUGCAGAAAAAGAUCAAGACGGGAACUCUGAAUUUGAAUCAGGACGACCCUUUUGAGCUUUUUGUUGCUGCAACCAACAUCCGUUACUGCUACUACAAUGAGACUCAUAAAAUUCUGGGCAACACUUUUGGCAUGUGUGUCUUACAGGACUUUGAAGCCCUUACUCCUAAUCUCUUGGCACGAACAGUUGAGACCGUAGAAGGUGGAGGUAUUGUGGUCAUUCUGCUGAGGACCAUGAACUCGCUGAAGCAGCUUUAUACAAUGACAAUGGAUGUCCAUUCUCGCUACAGGACAGAGGCUCAUCAAGAUGUGGUGGGAAGAUUCAAUGAGAGGUUUAUCUUGUCACUAUCAUCGUGUAAGACAUGUGUGGCUAUUGAUGAUCAGCUCAACAUUCUACCAAUCUCCAGCCACAUUGCCAACAUUAAGCCAAUUCCACCAAAAACUCAGGAUGACCCUCCAUCACCUAGGGAACAAGAGCUGAAGGACCUAAAAGAGUCUCUUCAUGACACACAGCCCGUGGGCGUGCUCGUGGACAGCUGUAAGACCAUGGACCAGGCCAAGGCUGUGCUGAAGUUCAUUGAGGCCAUCUCAGAGAAGACACUCCGCAGCACAGUGGCUCUUACAGCUGCUCGAGGUCGGGGCAAAUCGGCAGCUCUCGGAUUGUCUGUGGCCGGAGCUGUUGCUUUUGGUUACUCCAACAUUUUUGUGACCUCCCCAAGCCCUGACAACUUGCACACUCUGUUUGAGUUUAUCUUCAAAGGCUUUGACGCCCUCCAGUAUCAGGAACAUUUGGAUUAUGAAAUUAUACAGUCUCUCAACCCAGAGUUCAACAAAGCUGUGGUCCGUGUCAACAUCUUCAAGGAGCACCGACAGACUAUUCAGUACAUCCACCCUGCGGAUGCGGUGAAAUUGGGCCAGGCCGAGCUGCUGGUGAUUGACGAGGCAGCGGCCAUCCCCCUCCCGCUGGUCAAGAAGCUGCUGGGGCCCUACCUCGUCUUCAUGGCCUCCACCAUUAAUGGGUAUGAAGGCACUGGCCGCUCUCUGUCUCUGAAGCUGAUCCAGCAGCUGAGGCAGCAGAGUGCAUCCAGUCAGCUGAGCCUCUCGGCCGAGAACAGAAGCACCAACACAGCCAGACUGGCCGCAGCUCGCUCACUGCACGAGGUCACCCUGCAGGAGUCGAUCCGCUACGCACCCGGUGACGCUGUGGAGAAGUGGCUGAACGAGCUGCUGUGCCUGGACUGUCUCGCCAUCCCUCGCAUCAUAUCGGGCUGCCCGCUGCCCCAGACCUGUGAUCUGUAUUAUGUGAACAGAGACACUCUAUUUUGCUACCACAAAGCAUCGGAGUCCUUCCUACAGAGACUGAUGGCUCUAUAUGUUGCAUCCCACUACAAGAAUUCCCCAAACGAUCUCCAGCUGCUGUCGGACGCCCCAGCCCACCACCUCUUCUGCCUGUUGCCUCCCGUCCCUCCCACUCAGAACUCCCUGCCAGAAGUCCUGGCCGUGGUACAGGUGUGUCUGGAGGGAGAGAUAUCCAAGCAGUCCAUUCUCAGCAGCCUGUCUCGCGGCAAGAAAGCCUCCGGUGACCUAAUCCCGUGGACCGUGUCAGAGCAGUUCCAAGACCCAGAGUUUGGCAGCCUUUCUGGGGGACGAGUGGUGCGAAUUGCUGUGAACCCGGACUAUCAGGGGAUGGGAUACGGCUCACGUGCUCUGCAGCUGCUGCAGCAGUAUUACGAGGGACAGUUCCCCCUGCUGGAUGAGAAGGAGAACACCAGCAGCAGUGGCAUCACCUCAGUCAAGAGUGAGGCCGUCAGUCUGCUGGAAGAGGUGGUGGCCCCCCGUAAGAACCUGCCUCCACUGUUGCUGAAGCUGAGCGAGAGGCCGGCGGAGCGACUGGACUACCUCGGGGUGUCCUACGGCCUCACCUCUCAACUGCUCAAGUUCUGGAAGAAGGCAGGAUUUGUUCCUGUUUAUUUGAGACAAACACCAAAUGACCUGACGGGGGAGCACUCGUGCGUGAUGCUGAAGGAGCUCAACUCAGAGGAGUCUCCUGAACAGGGCCAGUGGCUCUCAGCUUUCUGGAAAGAUUUCCGCAGACGUUUCCUCUCCCUGCUCUCGUACCAGUUCAGCAACUUCUCCCCCAGCCUGGCUCUCAACAUCCUGCAGAAUAAGAACGCCAAAGAGAGCACUCAGUCGUCCCUCACCACUGCAGAGCUGACUGCCCAGUUCAGCCCGUACGAUCUGAAGCGCCUGGAGAUGUACUCCCAGAGCAUGGUGGACUACCACCUCAUCAUGGACAUGAUCCCGGCCGUAGCCCGCAUGUACUUCCUCAAGAAGCUGGGGGACGUGUCCCUUUCUGCCGCCCAGAGUGCUCUGCUGCUAGGUAUUGGCCUCCAGCAUAAGUCUGUGGAUGAUUUGGAGAAGGAGAUUGAGUUGCCAGGUUCUCAGCUCUUGGGUCUGUUCAACCGUCUCAUUCGGAAAGUGGUGCAGUACUGUAGAAGCAUCCAGGAGAAAGCAGUUGAAGCUGAAAUGGUUGCUACGAAAGACAUUGCUAUGGAGCCAACGAAUCAGACAUUGAAUGAAGACUUGGACGAAGCCGCAAAAGAGUUUCAGGACAGGCAUAAACAAGACUUGGACAAAAUAAAGAACAUGGAUCUUUCACAAUACAUGAUCCGUGGGGAGGAUGAAGAAUGGGACCAAGUGCUGAAGAAGGCGGGGAAAACGGCCAUUGUCAGCAUCAAAAGUGACAAGAAAAGGAAAUUUGAAGGGGCAGUUCAAAAAGAGGAAUUCCAUGGAAAGAAGAAGAAGAACAUGAAAAAGUUUGACAAAAAAGGAAAAUUUGGAAAGAAAGCCUAAUUGUCUCUGGACAAAUCAUUAAUGGACUUCAGAAGAGAUCAUGGACCUUUAUUAGUAUUGCUAUGAGGAGCAUUUAUGAAAAGCCUGUUCACGGUUCUUGCCUUUUAAUGUAUUGUAACGAACCUGUUGUUUCAUGCUGCAAGAGAGGCUUUAGUGUUGGUCAGAGAUGGACUUGGUUGACCUUAAUAUUCCGCUGAAUGGCAUUGUUUUAUUUUUGUUUUGUUUUUUUGUUGUUUUUUAAAAUAUAAUACAAAGAUUUUUGCAGUAACCUGCAAUAAAAAGGAAAAUAGUAUUAUAAAAUUCA